AGAUACUCCGCUUAAGGCUUGGGCCGCUGCCGCAGGAAACUACAUCCCCCAUAACCUCCUGCGCCGCAGUGCCGCGCGAGGCGAUGACGUACUUCCCCGACGUGACCGUGUCUCCAACGGGAAGGGGAGGGGCGGCUCAGCGUCGAGGCUGAUGACGCAUAGUCUUGGGACCUGGAAUGUCUCUCCCGAUCUCCGAGCCAGGCCCGCGGUCUCGGUUUCUCCCGUGACACCCUCUCGGAGCGCCCUUUUGACCAAUGUCUAAUUGUUCUCCUCCCGUUCUCCGUAUUGCUGUUGUCAUGACGUCCUGGCCGUGCACACGUGGUGGCGGUGCUCGGGAGAGCCCGCCACGGACGCAACCCUAAUUGUCACUGUUAUUAUUGUUACUCGUUUCAUCCUGGAGUAACGGCAAAAUUAUAGACGACUUCAAGGCUUUUAUAACGAACUGGCAGAGACCCUCUGCACCCCGCCUGGCGCCAUGGUCCACGCCUUUCUGAUCCACACCUUGGGGGCCCCGCAUGCCGAGGACACGGGCUUCUGCAGAGUACUCUACUCCUGUGUGUUUGGUGCUGAGAAGUCCCCUGACGACCCCCGGCCACACGGAGCUGAGAGGGACAGGCUCCUUUGCAAGGAGCAGCUCCUGGCAGUGGCCAGGCAGGUGGAGAGCAUGUGGCACCUGCAGCUGCAGGCAUCUGGCCGUGCCUCCCUGGACCCGCUGCCCCAGCCCACUGACGAGCCGGUGGCCCUGCACGAGGCCCCCCAGGGAGUCUUCGGGCUGGCUGCGGGGGACCCUUUCCGGGAGCCGCGGACGGUGCUGUGGCUGGGCGUGCUCUCUCUGGGCUUCGCCCUGGUGCUGGACGCCCACGAGAACCUGCUGCUGGCCGAGAGCAGCCUCCGGCUGCUGGCGCGCCUCCUCCUCGACCACCUCCGGCUGCUCAGCCCCAACGCCCACCUCCUCCUGCGGGUCGAGCGUGUCGAGGCCAUCCUCUCUCGCUUCCUGCCUCACGGCCAGCUGCUCUUCCUCAACGACCAGUUCGUUCAGGCCUUGGAGAAGGAACUCAGCACCGCCUGGCCUCGUUGAUCCCCUUCCCUCCCCCUGCCCUUCCCCUGCACACAGUGGGCUGUGACUUACCCCUGGGAUCCAGCAGAGAGGACAGGGACCCACUGGCAGCCGAGCGAAGGAGCCGGGUAGCCCCAGGACACCUGGCCUGGACCCGUGGCUGCUGCGAGACUUGUUGAGGUGCUGCAGUGACCCGUCCUCCCCCCAUUUCCUCCCUUCCCUGCCAGCCUGCCCAGACCCUCCACUGCUGGCAGCCUGUGCCCCUGCCCCUCCUUCCUCCUGACACCGCUCGGCUGAAGGAUCUAGAACUCCUGGCCUCUGGUGCUGGCCCUGCCUGGCUCCCUACUCUGUACCCAUCGUCAACCAAGGUUGCAUCCACGAGGGCCCGGGAUGGUCCAGCCCACCGCCCCUCAGAAGUCUGUGGUCUGGGGGCUUUUAUGGCUCCUGGUGGGCAGCCUGGAGAUACUCACUCUUCCUCGUCAACCCUUCAAGAAGUCGCCGUGAAGUGGGGAUGCGAGAUGUGGCUUGUCGGAUGUUCCCUCUUUUGCUUUGGAUUAAAAGCGCCGACUCUGAGUUCA